AUGGAAAUGUAUCAAGGUUGCACGCCGGGUUUUCCUCCUCUCCCGCAAGGCUGGGAGAUGAAAGUUGACCCAAGUUCUGGAAGACCGUUCUUUAUUGAUCACAAAACGAGAACUACUUCGUGGGAAGAUCCGAGGGCCCAAAAGCCAUACGCGGUGAGUGAAAGUUUUGAAAAAAUUCAGCCUUUUUAGCAAGGUUCAAGAACAAAAGGUACGCCCAGUGCAACUCUUUUGGGAAAUUUUACCGAAAAAGACUUUAAGAAAUUGAUUGCACAACUAUAAGGUUGAUACUAUAAGCUUACAUAAAAACUGUUCAAUAAUCGAACGACUUACUGUCCUUUAGUACCCAUGGUCGUCUCCCGCUUCGUUGAAGUGUGACAAGUAAUUCGCACCUAGUCAACUGAGUCAUAUCUUAUCCAUAAUUUUUUUGGCAAAACACAACUGCUGAACUUAAAGCAUGAGAUUGCCGUGUAGAACAGCCUACUGAGGCUUAAAACUUUGUUUUGUUUGAUAAUCUGUGCAUAUUGUCUUUCAGCAGCAUGUUCUUAAAAGUAAAAUAUUUGUCCAGUGAGGCCUUUCACUGCUGUAAUUUGAAAUAAAAGUUAAAAGUUAAAAUUCGAACUGUCACCAUUUCAUUGAUGAUGCUGUUGAUCAAUGAAAGCUCCAAUUAGAAUUUUAAACUUUUAUUUUAAUUACAGCAGUUUAAGGCCUCAUUGAACAAUAUUUUACUUUUGUAUGUUUUCUUUUUGCCCUGAAUUCUCAAACUCUCUUUCAUAAGUGAGUUUCCAUGUUGUCAUGAUAGCCAUGAACAGCUGAAGACUGAGAUUGCAAGAAGAAAAAAAAAACAACAAAAACACUUGUAUCAUUGCCUGGCAUGACUUUACUAGAAGUAUAAGCUGUCUAGUAGUAGGAGAUCCCAUUUGGUAUAAGCUUCUAGAGGGCUCCUUGUGGCCUCUCAUUCUUAUUCAGCAGGCGUAUUGAUGUAAAUUUUGUGACAAAUGCAAAAUAAACAAUUAAAAUCUGUCUGGCAGGUACCUGGUUCUCAGCCAACCAAUCAAACACCAACACAGCCUUUCCAGAUGCCAUCAGCAAAUCCUGGUCAACAGUAUCAGACUCAUUCAGCAUCAAAUACAAGUCAGUCAUAUCAAAUGCCUUUGCAAAGUUCAAACUACCAGAAUCAAGUGGCCAGUCAUCAGUCUUAUCAAAUGCCACCUGGUCAGCCUCAACAGAUGCUGCCAGCAAGACAGUCUUAUAUGUCUAGAGAUGGCUCUGUGCCUGGGAAGCCGUAUCAAACACAACAGCCUCCAAAUCAACCUCUCCAUAAUUCAGGUCCGAGUCAACAGUACCCAGCCUCCAUGCCUGUCGCAAACACAAGCCAAGGUUAUCAAAUGUCUGCUGCAAAUACAAGCCAAUCAAACCAAAUGACAGCUGUGAGUCCAACAUCAACUCCUGGUGGCCCGUAUCAAACUAUGACACAAUCCCCUGGUGCUUUUCAGCAAGCAUCCUCUUUGGCUCCAGAUCAAUCAUAUCAAGUACCACCACAGCCAUAUCAUGCCCCUCCACCAAACCUGGAUCAACCUUUCCAGGUAUGAUUCUGACCCUUUGAGUCAUUAAUGAAGGGUCCCCAGCAAAAAUGCCCCCUUCUCCUUAUUUCCCUUCGGAGGAGGCAUAAUAUUUUAGUAUAAUGUAUUACAAUGGCUAGCCUGAAAAUAUAGCUGUCUCUCCUUGCUCCAAUAGGCCACUUGCACUAAGAGGUUACGUGACCAAUACUUCCCUUAAACAAUUAGUUGGAAUCCUGCUGAUACCAAAAAUUGACAGAGCACAUAAAAAUUAUCUUACUGAAAUUUGAGAGGAAAAGCAUCUAAGGGAGAUAUUUUAUGGCACUUUGAUUUUUCAGCAAAGUAGUAUGAUUUGUAUUGGCUGCCAUGUUAGAGGGCAUACUCUUGCCCUCCAACAUGGUGGCCAAAACUAGUGUUUGCUUACAUCUUGUUAAACUUUUGAUAGUUAUGCUCAGAUGUGCUGCAAACGUUACCACAUCAUUUUUUCAACAUUUUCCUUGAAGUUUAAGUGCAAAAUUUGUAUUCAGAAAGAAGUAAUUCGUAAUUUUCAAAAUCACAUUUUGGUCACGUGACCAGCUAGAAACUUACUCAUUUAAAGACAAUGGUAUAGGUUUGAAAAACCAAAUCACUUUUAUUUUGUUUAGGAUAUGACCCACUAAUCAUUUUUUGAAGGCAAAAUCAUAUAACUUUCAUUUCCAUAAAAACGAUGUCACAUGACCUGUUAGGUGGCAAUAGGCCAUUAAAUGGCCUAUUGCCACCAGAUGGCUGCUGAUAAGUGCAUUUAGUAACAGCUGCAGAACAGUGCCCAUAUCCUUGUUUUCAGCCCCCAAUAAACUCACUGAAUUACUAGAAAUGCAUUUUGAAUUUCCCUCAACCUAAUUGGCCAAUGAACAAUAAGAUUUCAGCACUGUUUCACAGAAGGACUAAACCAGAUGUCCAGUUCCGUCUGUGACACAGGCUUGUUUCUUACUAGAGAAUCUCUGUUACCUUAUACUGUCUAUAAUAUUAUGGAAAUAAAAUAAUAUUAUAUUGUGCAGGUUUCAAGUUCUAGCCUUGGCCAACCCAUUCCAGAUGCAAGAUCACUUCCUGGUCAGCCUGUGCAACCUCAGACGCCCUCUUUUCAGGGAAACCAAGCUCUUCCAUCGACUAGCCAAUCGUACCAGGGUUCAGGUCAAACAUAUCCUCCAACUUCUCACAACCCCCAUCAAUCAUAUCAACCAAGUCAAAGUCCUGGGCAGCCACCAUUCCAAAGUGCAAGGUCUGCGUUUCCUGGGUACCCAUCGGGUUACCCUCAUCAAGGGCAAGUGAAUGUACCACAGACUGACAAGCAAUACCAAAUGGAUGGUCUUCCAAGCACAGCACCAUUUCCCUCAGCUCUUGGUGUAGAUGGUUCAAGACCCACUCAACAAGUUUCUCCGGGUCAUUUAGCAGGGAGCGGGCAACAACCACAGCAAAUAAUGCCGCCCUCCUCUGUUCCUCACUCACCUGGAAUGAUAGGUUCUAAUCAACAGGUACAACAAUAUCCUUAUCAAAAUAACUAUUAUUCCUCGCCUCCGACACCAACUAUGCCAGGAAAUAGACCAGUACCAGAUAGCCAGGGGAACAUGCCAUAUCCGACAUCAUCGGUUUCAAUGCCCCAAGGCUACGGUCAACAGACAAAUGAUGGAAGACCAGUGACUUACCCCCCAUCUGUCCCACCCCAGACACCACAGCAAUGGAUACCUCCAUUUGCACAUGCUGGACCUGCUGGUCACAUGAGCAGUCCAUAUCAGUAUGGUUCUCAACCAGUAUCAUACCCUCCAGAACAGUCCAUUAACAGGCAACCACAAUCGCAGACUCCUCAGUCCAGUUAUUAUCCAGGUUCAUACACAAGUGGACCUGGGUAUUCAAUGCCAGGUCAACAACAACCUGUAUCUUCCAGUAGGCAGCCCUAUGUACAGCCUCCCUCACAAGCUUAUAGACCUGGUUACCCGCAGCCUGGUGUGGCUGAUCCUCGGGCCGCUCAGUAUUCUCCUCACAGGUCUGCUUCAUCAGCUUCGAAAAUCAGCUCAAUUGACGUGCUGCUGUGUCAUGCAGAGGAGUUGGAGCCUAGAGUGUUGAAUUUCUCUGGGAGAAGAGGUAAGCUGUAGUUUAGUAGAGUGUGGGCGCUUGUUUGAGGAAAUACGUCAUUUUGUUAUAUAAGCACCAAUGGAAUACCAGGUGAGCAUUGGUGGGAAAACAUGAUUAUUAUUAUUUUUCCCAUGUGAAAUUAACAGGUUAUCUUCACACGCGAACAGAUCACCAUUGCUAUGACUACAUAAUAAAACACACCUUUCACAGCAAAAAACUAUUAAAGUGAAAUAGUUUACUAUUCUCAUUGGGAACUGUCACGCGCAAGCACCCCCUGUGCCCUUGGGACCCGUGCAUUUAAAUUCCAGCGCAUCUGUGGAUCUGCGGGGAACUUGUUUUGCAUAUAUUUGUGAGUUUAGUAUAAAUUGACCUUUUUCAUGCUGUUUAUUGCUCUUUUCUUUAAAACGGACACCAGACACCUAGUUUGUUGCCCCACCCACCUCCCUGCAGCGAUGGCACACUCUGGCGCCUUAUCUCCCGCUCCUUCCUGCCUCUGGGCUUGCCUCUUCCCAUAACUCAUCUCUACCUUGGGGUGUUUGCGAGUGGGGGCUCCUGGUGAGAAUCUAUUACUAUUUCAUUUGGUAUUUAUAUGAUAAAAUCAAUAGAACAUUAUGGUCGCUUGGAGAUACAGAAUUUCCUGAUGAGAAAUUUUGUAUCUCUGUGCGGCCGUGUAAUAUCCUCUAUUUUUCCAACCAAAAUGUCGGUGACUUAAAGGGCAUUCAAAAAUAUUGUGUAAUAAAAAUUAAUACAGUACAUUGGGCUUCAGAACCCAGCCAAAUAGAAGGGCAGAACAUAAUCAGAUUUUAAAAAAGAAAAUAACAUAAUUAUUGGAAAAGAAAAUAAUGCUUUGCAAAAUAAUGGGUGAAGAAUUCUUUUGAAAUUUUUAUUAGCAGAACAUAACUUAUUUUAUUAUAUAAGACAUGAGUGUUUUACUGGAAAGUAUACCACUUGUAAAAUUAAUAAAAGCUACAUCCGGGGCCCGAGUGGAUUAUUUUCCAUAAUCUCACACGUGAGUUUAUCGAUGACGUAAUUUCGGUAAUUUCCCUCCAUUAUUUCAUCAAUGUCUUUUUGUCUAUAUAAUAAAAAGAACAUUACAUGGCGGCUUGAAGAUAUGAGUUUUAUUUUCUUAUGGCGAAAACAAUAUUUUACUCACUCGCUGCGGUCGUUCAUAAAAUAUUGUUUUGCCACUCGAAAAUAAAAUCAUAUCUUCGCACCACCGUGUAAUAUCCUCUAUAUACAUUUUUAAUUAUUGUUAAUUAUAUUGGUAAAGCAAAUAAUGCUUUGGAAAAUAAUAAUGUGUGAAGGAAAUCUUGAAAUGUAUGUUAGCAGCACAAUAUAACUUAUUGUAUUAUACAUUGUACUCAUUAUCUGUGUUCUCAUUGGCUAAAAGUGUACAGCUAAUUUUGGAAAUCAGUGCAACCUACAGAUUAGUCAGUUACCUGGUAGCAGAUAACUGACAAAUCUGUAGUCAGUUAUCCGAAUACUCUGAGUAAUCUGUAGGUUACAUGCAGUGCAUGAUUUCCAAUAACAUUAUCAAUUCAGGUUCCUCGCGACAGUGUGUUUGUUGUUAUUUUCUUCAAAACAAUGUAUAAUCUGGGUAACUGUUAUCAGCCUCGGCCUUUGGCUUGGCUCAUAACACUUACCUCAACCUUGGUUAUUGCGGAUAUGACAAGAACCUCAUCCAAUAAUAAUAUUAUUUAAUACAUUUUCAAUUAUUAUUCAAAUCAUUAUUAAUUUUUGCUCCUCUUUCCCCAGGUGAUAGGGAGUUUAUUUUUCUAGAUGAGCAGCUAACUAAAUUAAUUUUGGAUCUUGAUAAAGUCCAAACUGAUGGCUUAGAAGAUGUCCGAAUAGCGCGCAAGUCAGCUGUAAAGAGAAUACAGUUCUUGAUUGACACUUUAGAAUCUAAAGGCUGAACAGCAACAUAAUAUUAUUUAUAGUUAUGGAUUGAGUUACUAGAAGCCCGAUUAGCUCCAAUUGGCCUUUUGCAUUAGUUGAUCAUGUGAUCAACUUUCUGGAAAAACCAAAACAGUUCGGGUUUGAAAACUUUUCUUAGCACGAACUGAAAGAGCUUGUUAAAAUUAGAUAACCUGUAAGUUUUCAGCCAUUUAUUCAUAAAAUAUUCCAUCAAGCAUAACAGCCGAACAACGAAAAGAUUUAACAGGCAGUCUAAAAAUGUCAACAUUUACAAGGAUUUGUAUGGAAAACCACUCAUGCAUGACUGGGUGGCAAGAAUUGUUUUCUCAUACCAAUCCUUCUAAUUUUUGACGGUCAUUGCAAUCGCUACUUUUGAGAUAUACAGCCGUAAAAUUACUUGUUCCCUAACUUUAAUAUGCUCUUUCAGUUCCUACUAACAAAAUUUUCCAAAAGUGAAUGAUUUGCGAGUUUACAGAAAGAUGAUCACCUGACCAAUUAUUGCAAAAGGCCUAUUCUGGGUUAAGUUGUCAAGGUAACCAUUGAUGGAUUGGGGAGGGGUUGGACUCAAUUUUAGGUCAAAACGGAGGCCUGAGGAGCAGCCUAAGAGCAGUUCUCCUUAAGUUGAUCCACCGCUGGUAACCAUGGUAACCCCAGAUUUCUUCUAAUUGGUUUUCAACCAACUUUGUCAAUAUCUUGAGAUCUAAAUGUGAGGUGAGAUGAGAUUUUUCCGUCUAAAAACAUUUCUUGAGAGUUGAUGUUUACAAUGUUUGUACCCUGGUCGUAACAUGGUUUUAGCAUUCUCCUAAAAUAUGGACGCCCCAUAGUGAUUUCCAUUGCUUACUGCUAGUAGAGUUAGACUAGGCAAUAAGAAUAUUGUUGCACUUUGCCUUUUGAUGCUUAUGUUAGAAAAAAAUUAUUCUUGGUAACUUAAACAAUCAUUUCCCCAAGUCAAUUGGUUUGAUAUUUAACUUUUAGAUGAGCUUUUUUUUGUUAGAAUUCAAUAAUGCUUACAGCAAUAGAAGAAGAAUUUAUCAGUUUUAUAGUGCAGUAAAAAGCACUUAUAGCUAGAACCUGAAAGACAUUGUUCACCUUUAAUUAAUUUUACAAAGUUUAUAACAAAGUUGGCAAGUUAUAAUAAAAGUAGAAAGGACAAUAUUUUAAAUUUAUUUUAAGGAUGUGGUUCACCAUUAUAAUGGCUGUAUAAUGGUUGUGAAUUGAAUUGUACACUGUUUUAGUGUAUACUUCAAAAAUACCUGUAUGCUUGGCAAAAGUUUGUACAAGUUAAAAAUAUAAUGUUAUUAGAGGUUUAAUCAAUAUUUAGUGGAUAAAAUCUUCAUGUUAGUUAAUGGAUAGGUCCAGGUGACCAGAUCAUGUUGCCUAGUAAAAUAUGUUAUUUUUGGUGCAUUUGUGUCAGCAUUUUGUUUACUGGAAGAAGUGAGAAACAAGGCUGUGCUUUAAGAAAAAUUUCCCGGGGAUUGGAGGCGGGGGGGGGGGGGGGGGGGUCUUUUGGGUUUUUUUUGGUGGGGUUGGUGUGGCGUCUCCCCGCCACCCCUCCCCCUUUUUUGUUUUUUUUGGGCCCCACAUAAGGACCCAUUUUCUGUCUUUUUUGGAAAAUGGAUUUUUUGGUGUCCAAAUUAACUGAAACCCGUCAGACUCCUUUGUUAUAUGUUUUUGUGGACCUGAAAGUGCACAACGUUCAAAAGAAUUCCUAUCAUUUUGAUUGUAUUGACCAAUAAAAACAUAGCAUUAAUUUAUUCCGUAACAAUUUGUCAACAGAAAACAAAGGAUUGUGCACUUUCAGGGUGCUUCCAACAUAGACUGCAGCACUGUUGUUUUUAUCAUUGAUGUUUGCCGCUUUUCAUAACCAGUCUCCUCUAAUAACUAUGUUUAUAGUUAUGGACUGAGUUACUAGAAGCCCUAUUAGCUCCAAUUGGCCUUUUGCAUUAGUUGAUCAUGUGAUUAACUUUCUGUAAAACCAAAACAGUUUGCUUUUGAAAACUUUUGUUAGCACGAACUGAAAGAGCUUGUUAAAAUUAGGUAACCUGUAUGCUUUCAGCCAUUUAUUCAUAAAAUAUUCCAUCAAGCAUAACAGCCAAUUUGAGCCCUUACGUGCAGAAUGCAAAGAUUUAACGGCAGUCUAAAAAUUUCAAAAUUUACAAGGAUUUGUAUGGAAAACCACUCAUGCGUGACUGGGUGGCAAGAAUUGUUUUCUCAUACCAAUCCUUCUAAUUUUUGGCGGUCAUUGCAAUCGCUACUUUUGAGAUAUACAGCCGUAAAAUUACUUGUUCCUUAACUUUAAUAUGCUCUUUCAGUUCCUACUAACAAAAUUCUCCAAAAGUGAACAAUUUGCGAGUUUACAGAAAGAAGUUGUCAAGGUAACCAUUGAUGAAUUGGGGAGGGGUUGGACUCAACUUUUAAGUCAGAACGGAGGCCUGAGGAGCAGCCUAAGAGCAGUUCCCCUUAAGCUAAGGUUUGGAUCCACCACUGGUAACCAUGGUAACCCCAGAUUUGUUCUAAUUGGUUUUCAACCAACUUUGACAGUAUCUUGAGAUCUGAAUGUGAGGCGAGAUAAGAUUUUUCUGUCUAAAAACGUUUCUUGAGAGUUGAUGUUUACAAUGUUUGUACCCUGGUCGUAACAUGGUUUUAGCAUUCUCCUAAAAUAUGGACGCCCUAUGGUGAUUUCCGUUGCUUACUGCUAGUAGAGUUAGACUAGGCAAUAAGAAUAUUGUUGCACUUUGCCUUUUGAUGCUUAUGUUAGGAAAAAAUUAUUCUUGGUAACUUAAACAAUCAUUUCUCCAAGUCAAUUGGUUUGAUACAUAUUUAACUUUUAGACGAGCUUUUUUUGUUAGAAUUCAGUAAUGCUUAUAGCAAUAGAAGAAGAAUUUAUCAGUUUUAUAGUGCAGUAAAAAGCACUUAUAGCUAGAACCUGAAAGACAUUGUUCACCUUUAAUUAAUUUUACAAAGUUUAUAACAAAGUCGGCGAGUUAUAAUAAAAGUAGAAAGGACAAUAUUUUAAAUUUAUUUUAAGGAUGUGGUUCACCAUUAUAAUGGCUGUAUAAUGGUUGUGAAUGGAAUUGUACACUGUUUUAGUGUAUACUUCAAAAAUACCUGUAUGCUUGGCAAAAGUUUGUACAAGUUAAAAAAAUAAUGUUAUUACAGGUUUAAUCAAUAUUUAGUGGAUAAAAUCUUCAUGUUAGUUAAUGGAUAGGUCCAGGGGACCAGAUCAUGCUGCCUAGUAAAAUAUGUUAUUUUUGGUGCAUUUGUGUCAGCAUUUUGUU